AUGACACACAUUGCCAGCUGCAUGCGGCCCGACGCUGAUAAGUCUGCCGUUUAUAUAAUCCAGGAAACAUCCUCCACCAUGAGCGUAAGUGACCUCCAGACCGCUAGCGACUCCAAUGCACAAAGCAUACAACCGCUGGUGAAGAGCCCGUCUCUUGCAAGCCUUGCUACCUCCAAAUACCAACUCUGGCCCUCAGCAAAGAGUCCAACAGGACAAUCAAAACCUAGCCUUUCCUCCGACAAACUCGCUGCACUCUCGGUUGGUCGGUCUGCUACGUCCUUGAGUGACACGGCCGUUCUUCCCGAGAGCCUUCCAUUCUGGCAACGCACUGGUUCAUUAUCGAGGCGGAGGAAAGUCAGUGUACCCGAGCUUGGCAACGCUAUGACUACCGUCCAGGAACUGCCCAUUGAUUCUCCGACGAUACCAGGAAGACCACCCCUCCGCAAGCUUUCCUAUGAGGUCUUUGGCCACGAGAGGUCUUGCAGUGCUCCAGGUACAAACUGGAGAGCUGGCCCAUUCGGCGAUGCCAUGAUAGCUUGCGUCACUGGACCCUCAUUCAUUUCAACACUGCAGGAUCAUCCACCUCUCGCUUCUGAGGUGCUCACUGUUCCUGGAAAACCGUUGCCUCCAACUCUUGGUCCUAGUACAAGUCUAAAGCCACCACUGAAGCUGGAGACGGCGAAUUUCCAACAUGACCUCGAGCUGCCGCCACAAGUACCUCCAAAGUCUCCUGCCACGGAACAACGGAGCUUACCAGCCUCUGCCACCGUCAAAUCAAAGUCUAGCAGAACACAACUCAUGACACCAGCAUCCAUGACUCCAGGUGGAGGCACCCCUCUAAGUGCAGUCGACCUCAGACGAUCGCCGAAUGGAUCCAUUCCUCUUUCUACGCCCCCUUCAGCAUUCCCCAACCCCUUCUACGCAUCAUCACCGUCAUCGAAUCGAGGAUCGCCACGAACUGACAAGCGAGAUCCUAUCGCUACACACGUUAGCUCUCACAACAGAAACAUGUCCGAGUCGUCUAUCAUGGAUAGAGGCCGACCGCAACGACGAACUAGUAAGAGGCAAAGAAGCCGAACAGUCUCAGAGGCGGAAACCCCUGAAAACGCAACACCUGAUACUUGGACGCUACCCCAGGGCAUGCGCGUGCCUGAGGCAUCGAGACGCAUGAGUGACGCCGACAAGAAGCUGCUCUACAAACAAGCAUAUGAUCAGGCUGGCAACUUUGAAGUGCUGAACAAGCGUGACGUGGCUUCCUUGUCAAGAGAAUUGAGAGCACUUGAUGAGCGUUGCGACUAUCUUCGCAAAACAUACAAAUCUCUGCGCGCAGGUCGGCAGAAGCUCCAUGGUCGCAUGAUAUCUUACCUCAGGCGCGGUGAGAUGGUCAUCUUCUCCCGCGAAUCCCUUCUGAAGCAGGAAGAAGCCCUAGCCGAGUUGGACAUCUCCAUCGAUGAGUUUAUUCUCAAACUUGAGCAGGCUGAGAACCGCCGCCUGCGUCUUCGGCAGAAAUUACUAGAGCACGUUGCUGCAGCCAUUGUGCUCAACCCCACCGCUCGCGAUGACAACGCAGAUACCACACCACCACGAAGUCCUGUCAAGAUCGAGAGUCCGCUAAAGGUUAACAGCCCUGCUCAGAAUGGCCGAAGGGAGACGACCGAGUCAAUCAAGAUCUACGCCGACGGUCACGUUCUCAAUCUCUUCUCUGACAUCGAAAUGGCCAUUGGAAAAAUGUGCGAGCAGACCUGCUAA